AUGGAACAACGGAAUGAUACAGGACUUUCAGAAUUCCUCCUUCUGGGAUUCUCAGAGGACCCAGCACUGCAGCCCCUCAUAUUUGGAAUCUUCCUCUCCAUGUACCUGGUCACUGUGGCUGGGAACCUGCUCAUCAUCUUGGCCAUACUCUCAGACCCCCACCUCCACACACCCAUGUACUUCUUCCUCUCCAACCUGUCCUUGGUGGACAUCUGCUUCACCUCCACCACCGUCCCCAAGAUGCUGGUGAACAUCCAGAUGCAGAGCCAAGCCAUCAGCUAUGCAGGCUGCAUCACGCAGAUGUUCUUCUAUUUUCUUUUUGUAGGGUUGGACAACUUCCUUCUGGUUGUGAUGGCCUAUGACAGGUUUGUGGCCAUCUGUCGCCCCCUGCACUACACAGUCAUCAUGAACCCCCGGCUCUGUGUGCAGCUGGUCCUGGUGUGCUGGGUCAUCAGUGUCCUCCAUUCUUUGUCACACAGCCUACUGGUGCUGCGGCUGUCCUUCUGUGUACACCUGGAAAUCCCCCACUUCUUCUGUGAACUGAACCAGGUGAUCCACAGUGCCUGUUCUGACACCUUGCUUAAUAAUCUGUUUCUGUACUUUGUAUCUGUGCUCUUGGGAGGAGGUCCUCUGGCUGGGAUCUUUUAUUCCUACUCUAAGAUCGUCUCCUCCAUCCGUGUAAUCCCCUCAGCUCAGGGGAAGUAUAAAGCAUUCUCCACCUGUGCCUCUCACCUCUCCGUCGUCUCCUUAUUCUAUUGCACAGGGUUAGGAGUUUACCUUAGCUCUGCUGCUACCCAAAAAUCACGCUCAACUGCAACAGCCUCAGUGAUGUACACGGUGGUCACCCCCAUGCUGAACCCUUUCAUCUACAGUUUAAGGAAUGACGACAUAAAGAGGGCCCUGAAAAGUAUUUUUGGAGGGAAACUAUAA